AUGGUGAAGGACGAGAAGAUGCUUCCCCGUGAACAGCGGGAGAGUAUUCAAAAUUUGCGACAAAAGAUUAAGAUUCGCUUUGAGACGGAGUUAGAACUUCUUCAUGCUCAAAAAUUCAUUCAAAAGCUAUACGACCUUCAGAACACGGAAUUAGAAGAAGAGCGAAAAAAAACAAAACCAAAGUCGAAGAACAAAGUCAAACCGAGGAAGAGACCAAAUAGAAUAUUAACAGAGGACUCUCCAGAGAACUCUGAAAUAGCAAUUCGAGUCCACGACUUAUGUAUAUUGGAUCAAGACUAUGAUCCUUUACCCGUCUUUUUAGUCCGAAGUACUUAUGGGUCUCAUUCUGCUAUGGUUUAUAAACGUUACGAUCAAUUUGAAGAACUUCACUCCGAGCUGAGUCCAAAGAACUUAGCAGCGCAGUUACCGACCAAAGAAGAAGCUUUCAAGGAAGACACUUCUGACCUCUUAACACAACUCACAAAGUACAUGUUGGUCAUCUUGAAAGAGAAAAGAAUAGCAAGGUCAAAGACUUUAAGAAGCUUUUUGGGACACUCUGUCGAUGGCGAUGAGUACUCCGAGAUCUUCGAUUGGGCCAUGAAAAGAAUCACUUCGUUUACUCAUAAUAUCAUCUACCACGACCCUGUCGAGGGUUUAACGAAGUUUAUAGUCACACAAGUGUGUUAUGAGGAUGACACCGUGAAGCGCCCCGAUGCUAAAGACAAACAAGAGUUCUUAGAGUUUCUCCGGAUUGUGAUGAAAUCGACUGCUGAGAACGUCGGCGAGUUUUGGUUUGAGACGAAAAAGAACUUUGAGACUGUCGAGUUAUCAUUGAACUCAUUCAGCGACAUGAAGAUGUUAUUGGACGAGUAUUGGGGGUAUGUCGGGAUGGUGCAAGCGUCUACUCGCGACAAAAUAGCGCCGUACUUGAAAGAGUUUCACACGACCGUUAACGUCGUCAUGAGAGAGAUGAUGCCCAGUUUCAAAUAUUUGUUUUCCCAUUUAAUCGACUUAGUCUCGACGUGUGGACAACUUGCAGAGGAAAUCACUAACCCUGAAGUCCCACAAAUUUCAGAUGAGGUCGAAACAAAGCUUUACGACAUGAAAAGAAUCAUCAGAGAUUUCCCUCCAGAACUCUACGACAAAAUGGGAGAAAUCGCGGGACAUAUCUCACCGCCAUUCACAAAGUUAAGACUCUUCUUCACGUGCUUCGAUCAUAUUGCAGAGGGUCUUGUUGGCUUUUUCCAAGUUCGUAACAUCAUCACUGUGAUGAACGAGAUGUUAGCGCGGAAAGUUGGGAUGGUGAAGGAUGAAGAUGUCAGCAAGAAGAAGAUGGAUAUGUUAGAAGAUCAACUUUCGGUGUAUUUAUGGCGCUUUGAGCGGGAUGGGGAGUUCGACGUGUGGCGCUGUUUCUACGAAAUCAACAAGAAGGUGUCACAGGAGUACCAGGCGAUGUCUCCGGACGAGAAGAUUCAAAUGAAAGAGUAUUUCCAGACUCUAACUGAUAUGAUAGUUACAGUGUCCGAUCAUUGUUUGACCAUCAACAAAAUCCUAUUGGAAGGACUAAGAAAGUUAUGGUGGAAAGCAAUGGACUAUUUAUCCGCAAAGACGAUGAAUAAGCGAAAGAAGGAGUUUAACAUCUCGGAAGUGAUGAAGGAAGCGUUCCAAUAUGGUCUUGUAGCCAUGACAAAGCAUUGGAAGAAGCGCAUCAUGAUGACAAUGGCAGACUGUUUAUCAUCCCUCUUUGCAAAGAGUGUGAGAGAAGAUAUAAUGGAUCAAUGCCAAGCACGACAGACACACAUCGAAAUUUCCGAGCAAUACAUUAAGAUCAUGCCAUUCGAGUUGGUCGUGCUCAACGCCUUUCACCACAUGUUACAAGACGAAAUCAAACCAACUGUUUCCCUGUGGAUUAAUUUCUUCAUAAUGAAAGACGUCAAAGUGAUUAGUCGUGCACAGAAGGAGAGUCUUCGUGACAAGAGUGAUGCGGUGGUGAGGAAGAAAGACGAGAAUGAGAGUGCCAAGAAGAUUAUCUUAACCAAAGAUGAAGAUGACGAAAUCCUUUUAAAAGACGAGGACAUGUUAAUUAAAGACAAGUUAGAUGGUAAAGACAAAGACGACAUCAAAAACGAGUCCGGUUCCCCAAAAAUCGAGAAAGUAGUUUUAGAAGAGAAGACGGAGAACAGUGAAGGGAAGCCUGAUGAUAAGCGUUCUGUUCGAACGACUCGUACUGAGAUGAUUGAUGACGACGAGUUAACAUUUGAUUGUGAAGUUUCUGAUGUUGAGAAAGAGGACGAAGAUGAAGAGAAAGAAGACGACGAUGAAGAUGACACUUCCGACGAAGAGAAGAUCGAGAAGAAGGAAAACGUCGAAGAUGAGCCCAAGAAAGUCGAAACAAAGACUAAAGAAGCCUAUGGCUUUGGCGAUCUUUCUUCUAAGACUAAUUUCAGUACAAUGGUCCACGAGUUGAACUUAGACUUGACUGAGACCUCUUCGUGUUCAUCCGGUGAUGAAGCCUUAGAGUUGUUGUAA